CCGUUUUUCACUUUAAUAGUGUACGUUUGCACUUUAGCAUUUAACGCAAACUCAGAAAACCAGUUCGUUUUAUUGCGUAAUAGUAUUAUAGCACAUACGCUGCGAACUACUUAAAACAGCCUUAUUUUCUUAAAGUCUACUCUAAUGGUGCCACGCUUACAGGUGUAUAUAAAUUAAUGAGUACUGACCUGAUAACCUGACUAAUGAUACGUGGAUUUACACCAACUUUUUAUCGGUAUGAUAUGCUGAAUUACAGGCACUUCAGUGCAUGUCGAUGUUUUAACGGUGUUUCUAUUUACAGAAGACAGUGUACAGUAAUUAGAUCAACUGCAAGAACUUUUACACAGCUGUAUCGCGUUUUAAUAAAUCAAGUAUCGUGAUUAUGUAGAAAAAAAAUAAAAACAACAGUAAUCAUCAUGAAUAUUAGAAGAUUAUAUUAACAGAGUAGCAGCUUCAUUUUACGGUGUUUGCCACACUAGCAGUUUAGUUUAAAGAAGAGGCAUUAGUAAAUUAAAUUGCAGAAAAUAUAUUAAAGAUGUUUAUGAUGAGUGUAAGGUGUUUACAGUAUGUAUUUCAUGUACGUUUCUUAACGUGACUUAGCGAAAUAAAUGUUUUUGGUGCUAUAAAACUUGAAGGUUCUCCUAUAGUCAAGUCCAUAAUAGUGCGUUUGAAUAAAAACUUUCUGUGGCAUUAAGGUAGGUCAAUACUUCAUUUGAUCCAAUGACGAAGACCAUAAAUUGAAAAUAUAAUUCUCUAUAAAAACUGUCGUCAUAUUACAUAUUUAAGGUUAACUUAUGCACUCAAAGCCUCUAAGGUAUUUUAAAAUGAUCUUUAUCAUUUCCAGAAAACUUUCAAUGCAUUUUGGAUAUAUUUUAAAACGUGUAAUUAUGUAUUGUUUUAAAAGAUAUCUACAACUGAUUUUGAAGUGCUGCAUUUGUAAAUCAAUUAGAAAAAUUACUAUAAGUGUUUAUAAGAGACCUCAGUAUUCUGCAGUGUUCAUUUUAAGCUUUCCUGAAUCUUCAUUUUAACUUGUCUUCCUUCCUGUUCUUUGCUGUUAGGUACAAAUAAAGACACGAUGUUGUUUUCAAACUCUUUAAAUGAACCGUACAUAAUAUCUAUGGAUACCUUUAAAUGAUAUCCAAAAAUGAAAAAAGGGGACUUUAUAUAUGACUGAGUGAUUAAGAGAUGCCUCAGAUAUCUAAAAGACAUUUUAAUAUAUCUUAAAAUCAGCACAUCUUUGUCUUUGUCAAUGCUUGUUUUCUUGUUAUUUUCUUCUUAUUUAGUUGUUUUCUUUCGUCUUUUCCCUUUUUAUUGUUUAUUAUUUAUGUAUCCCUGCUGCAAUAUCUCUGUCAAACAAUGUAAAGUAACUCUGUUACCUCCUGCAACACCAUCUUUCAUGGUACCAUGGUAAUGUGCGUUUUCCUUGUUGGAUUGAACUGUUCCAUAAAACACAUUUCCCCCAGAGGAUAAUAAAGCUCGAAUUGAAAAAUUAAACAUACCUGUACAUACUCUAAGGAUGUCAUUAGACAUUUAAAGGUAUCUCUAAAUGAUUACAGCAUAUAACCACAUAGAUUCUUCCAGUAGCAACGAAUUCUGUACUCCAAAAUGCCAUCCUACUGCCACGAGAAUUCAGUGCCACUGGGUGUCCUAGGGGGUUAUAUCCCUAACAGGAUCAUCUUACAACACUCUGAAUCUUGCUGCACUUGUUUAAACCCCUUUUCAGGGGUAUGGUAUCUCGUCCAUUUCAAGACAGAUCAUGAUGGCAUUGGACUUUUACAAAUUAAUGACUUUUUCUGGCUCCUAUGCCUCAAGAGAGUGAGGAAAAGUGAGGGCUGAAAUACCGGUAUUGCAAGCUAAUAACAACCAAUUAUUCCUAGUACCACAAAAACAUAAUAUUAUUUCAAUGAUUUUUUGGUUGGACAAGCAUAGUGUAAUAAUAUGAAGAAUGGUUUAAACUUAUCCCAUGGUCCCCACUUAGCAUUUUUCAUCCCAUGGUUUCCCAAAGUACUUUACAUAUCCUGUACUGUAGGAGGCAACCCACUUGAUCCACUCCUGAAAUACGGCACUCAUCUUGAUGACAGGCAACAGUCAUUCUUCCCCACAUGCAUCAGAUCCGAUGGAGAAGAGACAAACGAUACACUAAUUGAAUGAAAUGGAAAAUGUAGUCAGCCAGGAGUGGACUUGAGUCAGGACACCAGGGUUAACACCCCUACUCUUUCGCAAAGUGCCGUGAAAAGUUUGAAGACCACGUGUAGUAAGAGUGCUUUAGCAUCAUCACCAAUACUGCAUCCCAAUACUGACUCAGGAGAUGUGAAGAAAUCAGGGCACAAAAUGCUGUGAUUUAUUUUUUAGCUUCUUUAUGCAGUUGAAUAGUUUGAUCGGUCCUUCUUUGCUCUUGACAGUACCAGCCUGUCAAGACAGUCAGAGUGCAGCAUCUUGUACUGUCUGAGGUUAUAUGGAUUUUGCUCUCUGAAAGCAUGUCUGGAUAAAUUUGGAGUUCUUCGGAAGUGUAUUCCUUAUUGAAUUUAAAAGUUAUAAAUGUCUGAAGGUUUAAUACUAAAAAUAAUAUAAGUGAAUAUAUUCAGUCAGGAUUCUAUAAAUUAUUAAUAAAAAAUACUUUCCACAAACACACCAAAGAUCACCACAGAACUUUGCAUUUUUACACAAAGUGCCAAGCAAUGUAACAAAAUGUUUUUUUUCAUAGCCUCAAACUGAAAAUAUCAUUGGAAACUAAAUGACCUACUGUAACUGACAAACUAUACCCCGUGUUUAAAUAACAAAAGUAAAAAAAAUGGCCAGGAGUCAUUACAAUAACAAUAAACAAGUAAUGCAAAUCUUAUGCAGUUUUACAUAAAAUACCCGCAUUACAAAAUAUUCAAAUGACUCAUCUAAUAAAUUCUGUCAUGUUCUCUGUGUGGAUAAUAUCUAUUUUUUAGGUAAUUGUGUUGGGGCAGCUUGGUGUAAUGGAAAGUAGAACCCAACUGCGGUCAUUAAGGAGGCUCUUUGAAUGAUUAUAUAUUUACAGAAUGGGCAGUAAACCAUUACACUCCAAGCUUACCAAGGGAAAGGUUGCUGAUUUUAAGUUAAACAGCGGUAGAGUAACUGCUGCAGCUGUAGCUUUGCAAGACCAUAUAGCGAGGAAUUUACAGCUUCAGAAUUUAUCAUUGCUGGGUCCCGAGAAGAAGAGAUCCAAGAACACAGUGAAAAACUGUAGUGUAAAACCUUUCGUGAAUACUGGGUUAAAACACAGAAAACUCCAAAAGUGUGAGAGAAUCGAGGAGAAAGAGUAUGUACUAGAUCCCAGUCCUCCAACUAUGACAUUGGCCCAAAGACUUGGUUUGGUUGAAGCUCCACCAGUGCCACUGACCGCUGAUGAGUGGAGCAAGGCAAAGGAGAGGUCUGUUCACCAAGGUGAAUCUGACCAGCCAUGUGUAAUAUGCAAAGAAGAAUUCAGGCUCCAGUCACAGGUUUUGCUGUCUUGUUCCCAUGUUUUUCACAGGGUUUGCUUACAGGCAUUUGAGAGGUUUUCAGGGAGGAAAAGCUGUCCCAUGUGUAGGAAAGAGCAGUACGAGACAAGAGUCAUUCAUGAUGGGGCUCGUCUCUAUAGAAUGAAGUGCGCCACCAGAAUUCAAGCAUGUUGGCGGGGAUAUAUUGUUCAUAAGUGGUACAGACACUUAAGGAAAACUAUCCCUCCAAAAGACAUGGUGUUAAGGAGAAAAUUCUUUGAAGAAAAGCUGCAGGAGAUGAAUGACAGAGUGGUCAGAUCCUGUGAUACCAAAGUUGACAGGUUCCUCACUGAAAUUGACAAUUCAUUGGCCUCGACCAGAUGUGUAUUUCAUCAAUUUGACAACCAGUUUGGUUCAGCAAUGGCUGAAGAGGAAUGGGAAAAAAUACAAGCAAAGGCUGUCCAGCGAGACUCCCACGAUUGCCCAAUCUGCAUCACUCCACUGUUUUGCCACAUCGGCACCACACAGCCAUGCACAUCUAGUGACGGAGAGAAGAGGCUUUCUUUAAGACGAGCUGUGCUCCUAUCCUGCUCCCACCUCUUCCACUUCAGUUGUCUCAAGGCUUUUGAAGAUUUCUCUGUGGAAGAAAGAACUGUAUGUCCUUUGUGCAGAUCAGCAUAUCAGAAAAGAGUACUCUGAAGCUACUUUCAAACCACUGCGUACAGUACAUAUAUAGAAGUUGUCCAAAUACGAUGAGAGUGUGAUCCCAGGUAUGAGAUUUAAUUUGAGCGUUUUUCAAAAGCAAGCUGUGAAUACAGUCACAUCACGAAGGUCCCAGGUCUGUUAAUGCUUUUGGAUUUUAAAAAAAGUCUACGUUCACAGUGUGGUGUAAUUUGUGUCCUCAAACGUAACGGAAUAGCUAACCUGAAAAGAAAACAAAAUCGGAGUGAUUUAAAAUCGUACUCUUUUUCUAGGAUCCUCAUUUAUAAAUUGGAUUCUCCAAAACAAUAUUCUAAGACCGUUAAUUUUAUUUCAAACAAAAACAUUUUUAGGUGUCAUAGAAUUUGUCAUUGAAAUAAAUCGUUAAAUCAACGGGGUUGAGUGGAGAACAAAAGCAGCCAUGUUUAUCUUGUAUUAAAAACAUUUUUUUUUUCAAAUUUGGUAGAAAAUAAGCAAAUUAUUUAGCAAAUUUUAAAUAUGUUCUCUAAAGCAGCUUUAUAUCCCAAGAAAUUACAAGAAUUAAUGCCGAAACCAGCUGACUGCAAUGUUGCGAGUUUAAAAAUUACUGACAAAGAUAAAAGAUUUGUGUUAAAUGUGUCUGUAUAUUAUAAAAUGUUGCUAUUAAGAACAUUUCAAUCCACAUUAGAACAAUGACGAGCAUUUCUUUCUCUGAUAUAAAGUGUCUUCAGCUUGGUCUAGCACCGGGGGUAGCUUUUUUCUAAGCUCUCCAAUGAUCACUCUUACCAAACAGAUUAUGCCAAGACACAUUCUUGUGACUGGUAACAGCUUUUCCUUUCACAUUCAUUUUGACUUUUGUGAGAUGCCAGCCUCUUCAGGUUUCCAUAGCUGUGUCUCCAGGCUCACCACUGUGGGAACAUUCAGCUACACAGUAAACAGUCCCCCUCAAGAGAUAUUGACAGACCUAUAAAUCUCCUGUCUCUUUCUGUGCAGAGAGGAUAUGGGGGGGCCCUGAAGUGGACCAUUCCUAAUUAGCACAAAUUGCAGAUGUAAGAGAUGGUCCUUAAGGUCAGAGUGUGCUUUUGAUAGAAUCCAAAUGAUGUGCGAUUCUAAAACAGUACCCACUGUUCUGGAGAUUACAACUACUCAAGAAUGCAGACCAAGGAAGAAGUGUACACAUUUUUAUAGAAGCAACUGGAUUCAUAACUUAAUAGAACUGUUGGUGUUUUAGUACAAGUUCUCUAGCAGAAGGAGAUGUAAAUAUAAAAAUAGAAUCGCACUAUACUGUGCUUUUCAAUAAAUAUUCUGUUAAAGCUUGUUUUUAAAUAUAUACAAAAAUUCAUUGCUGAGUAUUACAAAAAUUGAUCAUUGUAAUCAUUUUUGGGCUAAAUUAAAUUCAUUGGAAUGUUGUCUUUGUAUUUUACUAUUACAGUUUUUAGAGUUUUAUUCAAAAUAGCAUUGCAACCAUCUGGAAAUGGUAUUUGAAUUGAAGGUUUUGGAAAUUAAGUGAACUGGAUUUAACUUUGUUUAAUAUGCAGUUAGUUUCACUUUGUUCACAAAAAAAGGCGUGUUCUUAAUUCAAUGAAAUGUCAGGAAUUGUCAAGAAGUUCUUCCAAUGUUAACUGAAUUGUGUUGUAACUAGAGCAGUUGUACAAUUAAAAUACUAUUAAAAUGGAAGGAGACAACCUUCUGCAGUUUUUAACUUCCUUAAAGUCAGAAUUUAUAAGUAUUAUAACAAAGCGAUAAAAAAAACGUUCACAAUUCAGCAACUUUAUUGUAAACUGAAAAAUACACAAAGUAAACUAAUACAUGUAUUCACAAAUUAGCCAAAAUAAAAUAAAAAAACAUAGCAACUAAGAAAUGAAUAUUAUAAAAAUUACAUUCACAUACUUUGCACAUGUAACAUGCAGGAACAAACAUCAACAGCUGCUUUGUAAACAGGCUGUUCCUUGACAUCUAAAUUCAAU